AAGGAAAGGAAAGCAGGAGGUUUAUUAAAACUCUUAUCAGGCGCCGCAGCAAAGAAGAAACCUCGCUCACCCCCAUCCUCCCCACCCACCCAUGACCCCACUGGUCAAGGCGCCGUGGCUACCGACCCCGUGCACCACCAUCACCACCACGCCCGCUCAGGUUCCUGUCCGAUGGCGUCGCAAGGACGAGCCGGUUCAUGUCCAAUCGAGAGCGACAUGGCGGGGGCAAUUGGGCUGGAGCCUCUGCACAGAAAGUCCGGUUCCCUGGAUACCAACUUCCCCAUGUCACCCCCGGCAACACGUGCUGGCAAUGCUCUGAUGGUCCUCCGACCUGAACCCAAACCCCUGUCCAGAGAGAGGUAUCGUGUGGUGGUUCCGUACCCACCCCAGAGCGAGGCAGAGAUCGAGCUGCGGGAGGGAGACGUGGUGUUCGUCCAUAAGAAGAGGGACGACGGCUGGUACAAAGGCACUCUGCAGAGGACGGGUCAGACCGGCCUGUUUCCAGGCAGCUUUGUCGAGAGCUUCUGAACUGCAAAAAGUGGACGAAUGAAUGCACACAUUGUUCCUGUUACUGAGUCAUAAAACACAUGAACACACACACACAAAAUCCAAGGUUGGGCUGAUAUUAGCUUCCCCAGAUUUAUCUUUGUUUUAUUGGAUUAAAGCUCAACAAGGCCUUAAGAGGCGGCUAACCUCGAAAACAAAGGAGAUUUUUUUGUUAUUUAUAUUUGCCAAAGUAAUCUGUUUGGAAUUAAAAUGUUUUUGAUUCUAUUGGAAAAUAUAAUUCAGAAUGAGAAUACUUUAUUAAUCCAUAAAGAAAUUAUACUAUUAAUUAUUAAUUAUUGGUGUUGGCUAUAGUAAUCCAUAUCAGUCCAACUUAUCUACACACGCAAACACAU